AUGGGCGAGCAAUACCACAACGCACACUUUGCAAGUGACGAGACCAUGAAAGAAAACAUUGCCAUCCAAGCUGAGCGCAUCGAUGGAAUGGACACGACAAAGACUGAAGGCGAUCCUUUUACGCCGGAUGAAGAGAGACGUCUCGUUCGGAAGCUCGAUUUCUGGCUCCUGCCUCUCAUGAUGACGACCUAUAUGCUACAGAGCUACGACAAAGGCAUUAUGAGCGCUGCAACCCAGUUCAACUUCAAUAGCGACCUCAAACUUACAACAAUCGUGGGCUACCAAGCGGACGGCAAACCUAUCACAAAUAAUCAGAAGUACUCAAACGCGUCCAUGAUAUUCUACAUUGGCUACCUAGUUGGGACGUAUCCCAUGAUGUACCUGUCUCAACAUUAUCCCACCUCUAGAGUCCUUUCUCUGGCCACAUGUCUCUGGGGCGCAGUCCUCAUGUCGACAGCAGGCUGCUCGAACUAUGCGGGUAUCAUGCUCAAUCGCUUCUUUCUCGGCUUUCUCGAGUCUACGGUUGCUCCGGCAUUCACGGUCUUUGUUACCUUCUGGUGGACUCGUGAUGAACAGGCCCUUAGAACCAGUCUUUGGUACAGCUGUGUGGGUGUGGCUACAACCAUUUCACCCUUGAUAAACUACGGCCUAGGCCAGAUCAACACCUCGAUGGCUCGUUGGAAACCCAUGUUCUUGAUUUUGGGCGCCGUGACCUUGGUCUGGUCAGUCGUUUUGUUCUUUGCGCUUCCAGACAGUCCCCUGACCACCAAACGGCUCACUGAAUCGGAGAAGAAGAUCGUUGUCCGCAGACUGGAACGAAACAACGCCGGCACCAUCAGUCGCAAAUUCAACAAAGGCCAGUUCCUUGAGGCAUUUCGCGACUACAAGCUCUACAGCUGCACUCUCAUCAUUCUUCUUACUGGUGUCCCGUCAGGCGCUCUGGGAACGUUCGGUACAGUGGUUAUCAAUGGUUUUGGCUUCGACCACUUUGACUCGUUGGCCUUGACAUGUCCUAUCGGAGCCAUUACUGCGAUUAGUAUUCUCUUCGUGGGCUUCAUCACGCGCAAAUGGAACAACCUCCGUUAUCUGUCUAUCGUCACCUGCGCUCUCAUCUCCAUCGCUGGAACUCUCAUCUGCUGGCUUGGACCUCGGGACAAUCGUGGCUUGUUGUUUGCGGGUGUCUUUCUCAUUGCAGUUCAAGUCUCUGCUGGAGGUGUCGCCGUUUCCCUAGCUGCAUCAAACAUUGCAGGACACACAAAAAAGGCUACCGUCAGUGCAACAACGUUCCUCGGAUACUGUGUGGGAAAUGUGAUUGGACCUGAGAUCUUUGGCGCCUCGCCCGGACCUGUUUACCACGCAGGCUUUAUGGGAAGCUGUAUCUGCCUAUGCUGCGUGGUAGUAAUUGCGACGGUCACUUACAUCCUACUCCGCCGGGAGAAUGCAAGGAGAGACAGAGUGUAUGGUGGUCUUUCCUGUCAGCACGGUAUCGAAGAGGAUCUAUCAGACAUGAAGAACCAAGAGUUUAGAUAUGUCCUGUAG